AUGGCUUUCCCCAGGCCCAGGCGGUUCGCCCCUUUGCGAACAUCGGCAGACGUGCCACCGUUCCAUGGCGAUCCGCCGCUCAGGGGCGUUAUAUUUGACAUGGACGGAACACUAUGUCUGCCGCAAACAUACAUGUUCAAAGAAAUGCGCUCCGUCCUCGGCAUCCCCCAGUCCGUCGACAUCCUCGAGCACAUCGACAAGCUGCCCGCCCACCAGCAGCCCCCCGCCCACGAGGCCAUCCGCGCCAUCGAGCGCAAGGCCAUGGCCGCCCAGACGCCCCAGCCGGGCCUCGCCGCCCUCAUGGCCUGCCUCGACGCCUACCGCGUGCCCAAGGCGAUUUGCACCCGCAACUUCGACCUACCAGUCCAGCACCUCCUCUCCAAGUUCCUGCCCGAAUCACAGUUCUACCCCGUCAUCACUAGAGACUUUCGCCCGCCUAAGCCGCAUCCCGCGGGCAUCUUGCAAAUCGCGCAGAGCUGGGGCCUCGUUGACGAGUCCGGCGCCGUGGACACGAGCGGCGUCAUCAUGGUUGGGGACUCCAUCGAUGAUUUGACGGCGGGGAGACUGGCCGGCGCGGCCACGGUGCUGCUGCUCAACGAUGUGAACAAGGAGCUGGCCGCGCAUGAGCACACCGACUUGGUGAUAACCCAGCUCGACGAGCUAGUCCACAUCCUGGAAAACGGAUUUCAGGGGCGGACGAUAUAG